UUCUUCUAUUUUGCUUUUGAAGCAAAAACAGGGCGAAACCAAUACUGCAUUGGGAAAUUUGCAGGGAAAGUUCUUGCGACGAACCGGAAGAAAAGGGGCUCAGAAUCGAAUGAAUGGAAAAGGGUCUGUGGGAAUGGAGGGAGAACCAAAAGGGUUAGAAGCUUCACUGCACCAUUUGCUCGAACUCCACCAUCACAAAUCUCUCGUCCUUACCCAACGCACAGAGAAAGCCAAAAAGGACGCCAUCAGGAAAACCGCGCGCGUUUCUGAUCUGUUGGUGGAAGCAGUCAAUGGCGGGGUGCAUGAGUCCUUCAUCAACCAGAAGCGAAUUGAGCUCGAAAUUCGAGCCCUUGCUGUCACCAUCACAAGGUUCAUGAAGCAAACUGAUCAGUGGCUCGCUACCACUCAUGCCCUCAACACUGCUCUCAAGGAAAUUGGAGACUUCGAGAACUGGAUGAAGAUCAUGGAAUAUGAUUGUAAAAAUAUCACCACAGCUAUACAGAAUAUUCACCAAGAGUGAUACUACUGCAAUUGUUCGUGCAUGUCACCAUUUUGCAAUGAAAUGCUGGUUUUGCAGAAUAACGUUUGUGUGUUGAAUGCUGGAUCACAAGCGUGCUGCUUUGUUGGGUCAGAGCUUACUGAGCCAUGAGUUGGCUGUUAUAAUUGUGCAACAAGCUUGCUGUGUUACUAUGAGCAGAAACAGUGUAUGUGUUAGGUUCUUUUGUUCAGGAAACCAAACAGAACACUCUUCUCACAAUAACGCUCAAAACAGCAAGAGAUGAAAGUAUGUGUAUGUAUAUUAUUAAAUCUGUAAUGUAUAUAAAGAGAAAUACAAUUAUACGUCCAAAGGAAGCCUCCCUUCCUCCACCA